AUGAACUGUUUGAAUGCAGGUGAUUCACAGGAUCUGAGGAUUGUGCUGCUGGGAGUCUCUGGUGCUGGAAAGAGUGCAAUAGGAAAUGCAAUACUGGGUCGAGAGGCAUUUAAAGAGAGCAGCACCAGAAAGAGUGAGUUACAGACAGGAAGAGUAAAAGACAGAAACAUCUCCAUCAUUGACACUCCAGGAUUCUUCAACACUCAACUGACUGAUGAAGAGAUGAAGAAUGAAAUGGUGAGGAGUAUGUAUCUCUCUCAUCCUGGUCCUCACGUGUUCCUGCUCGUCAUGAACCUGGAAAACUUUGAGGAGGAGCAGAGGAACAUUGUGGAAAUGACUCAGGAGUUCUUUGGAGCUCAAGCUUUUAAGUUCACCAUGGUUCUGGUCACUGGAAGAGAAAAAAUGUCAAGGAGAGAAUGGAUGCUCUUUAUACUUGAUACAAAAUUUAAAAGGCUGGUCAGUCACUGCAGAGAUAAUUAUCAUGCAAUCAACAGUAAAAAUGAGAUGAAUCAAACUCACAUCACAGAGCUUCUGCAGAAGAUUGAUGAAACCAUCAAACAGAAUAAUCACCAGCAUUACAAUAAUGAGAUUUACUCAGUGUCUCGAACAAAGAUCAUGUCAGAUCUCAGGAUUGUGAUGGUGGGUAAAACUGGCACUGGAAAAAGUGCAACAGGAAACACUAUACUGGGACGAAAGGCAUUUAAGGAAGAAUUUUCUUCUGAAUCUGUGACUGAGAAAUGCAAGAAACGUCAGAAGACAGUGGAUUGUAGAAACAUCUCAGUGAUCGACACUCCAGGACUGUAUGAUACAUCAAUCAGUAAAGGGAAACUGAAGAAUGAAAUAGGGAGAUGUGUAGAAAUGUCUGUUCCUGGUCCUCAUGUGUUUCUGCUGGUCAUCAGACUGGACAUGAGAUUCACAGACGAGGAGAAAAACACAGUGAAAUGGAUUCAGGAAAACUUUGGAGAAGAAGCUGCACGUUACACCAUCAUUCUGUUCACUAGAGGAGAUCAGUUACACAUGUCUAUAGAAAAGUUUCUCACCAAAAACAAGCAGUUUAAUGAGCUAGUUAGACAGUGUGGAGGCAGGUAUCACAUUUUUAAUAACAUUGAUAAAAAUCCAGCACAGGUUACUGAACUGUUCAAGAAAAUAGACAUAAUGGUGACAAAGAAUGGAGGAGAGCAUUACACAAAUAAGAUGUACAAGGAAGCUCAGAAAAAGAUAAUGAUGAAAAAGGUUGAAGAUACAGCUUUAGUGGGAGCGAGUGUGGCAGGUGUAGGAGUGGCAGUUGCAGGAGGUGCAGCAUUAGUUGCUGCUACUGGAGGAGUGGCUCUGCCUGUAGUUUUAAUGGCAGGAGGAGCAGCUCUAACAGGAGGAUCAAGUGCUAAAGUUAUUGCAGAUAAAUUUAAACAUAUCAAGGAAAAGAGGAGAAAUUCCAUACAUCAGGACUUUAAUGUUGUUUUUGAAAAUGAGGGGGGAAAUCAGUAA